UCGGGACACGCCACCAUCAAAACCUGACAAAGAUGAUGUUCCACCACCACUUCCUCCAGUCAGGAGGAAAAGAUCAGGAGGAAAGCAAACCAAGCAGAUGAUAGGGGAGGGAAAUCCUAUUAGCAGUUCAGUGAAUACUAAUAAUACAUUGAAGAGUUCCUCAAGUCCUGCUCCAGUCUUUGGAGAUUUCGGAAAUGCUGAUCCGUUUACUAAUGAGAACAGUCUAAAGUUAGAUCCUGAGGAUAAAGUUGGCAGCCCCAAGAAUGAUGAACCAUUGAAGGAUGAUCCAUUCUCUAGCUUUAAUGCUUCAGAUCCCUUCGCACAAAGUCAGAAGAAUUUUGGAACAGAAACUGAUCCUUUUGCAGGAGCAGAUCCCUUUGUAAAUAUAGGAAAUAAUGCUGAAACAUUGUCUGGUCCAUUUGCAGAAAGUCAAAAUGAUUCAACUGGUGGUCUUGCCACAGGAAAAGACCCAUUUGGAGGAACAGACCCAUUUGGAAAUACAGGAAGUACUUACCUAUUUGGAGAUACUGGGAUUACAAGUGGGACAGAGAUGCUGGGUGGUGGAAACAGUCAGAGUAAGUCAAAUUCUGAAGAUGUUGGAACGACAGCUGAUCCAUUUGGAGGUGGUGACCCCUUUGCUGGCCCAGAAAAUAAACACAUGACUGAUGUCAUAGCAUUGGGAAGAAACCUUAUGUCGCCCAACACUGACCAGGAAAUAAUAAACGCAUUUGCUAACCUUCCAACAGAAAGUGCCACAAGUUUCAAUUUGAAUGUAAGUACAUCGACAACUGAUUUACAAAACAAUUCCCAUCACACCUUGAACCCAACAGCACAGUCCACUAUUAUCAGUCCUGGUAGUAACCUCACAGCGACAGUGGCCUUUCCAGCUGGUAAUGUUGGCCAGCCGCAUGUCACAGAAAGUCCAGAGCCUACUUAUGAGGACAUUUGUCCCCCUCCUCUUCCUUCUGUCAAUAAUAUCCCUCCCAGACCACCAAAGCCACCACGACAGAAUCAAUCCAAGGCUGUACAUUUUGAACCUGAGGCAAUAUAUGAGGAUUUGCCAAAUGAAUUCUGGACACAAGAACUGGGAAAAACAAAAGACCAAGCAGACAAAGAAAAGUUGGAAUUGGGAAAUUCAGGUGACAAGAAAGAUUCCCCAGUAAGAUUAGACACAGUUCUAGGUGAGACUACGGCCGAAAAUUUUGGUCAAUUAACUGGUAAAGUUCAAGCAUCACAGAAAUUAGCAGGAACUGAACCACCAUUUGGUGAAAAUGUGUUGUCAAGUUCCACUCCCCAGCAUUGUGUAGAGGACCCCUUUGGGGGAGGAGAUUUCUGGGCUGCCACAGGUAACACUGAGCAGACAUUGACCAAGACAGGGCUGGAUGAAACUUAUGACGAUGCCUCCGUUGGUGGGUUUGUUGCUGACUUUGGGUCUAUGACAACCUCCAGUUCUGAGGCUGAGGAUAUACCAGGACAAUACGGAAAUGUGCCGGCAUUGUCAUCUGAAAACACUGGUCAAAGUACUCCUGCUUCUACUUCACCACCCAAACCAAAUUCUGGCAGUAAGAAUAAAAAAAAGGGUAAGAGCUGGGUAGAUAAAUACAUAAAGAAAAGGAAAUCAUCUUCUACCACAAAGGAGGCAAAAGAUGUGCCUGAUUCAGGCCUCUAUGAGGAACCAGUGCAAAAUGCAGACAAAAACAAAAAAGCUGACCCUCUCACGGCAUCAAAAAGCAAACCUCAAUCCUUGGAAACAGAACAAAUGGAAUCAGAUUUGUAUGAAGAAAUCAAUGUGGCUCGGCCAACAACAGGAGUUCAGACAUGGCCAGGAAAUGGUGUAGUGUCCAGUAUAGUUCCCGAGCCAGCCCCAGCUUCUACGUCACAAAGUAAAUCAGGUUCAUUACCUUUAAAGAAACCAG